CCUUGUUAAUGGAUAAUGAUUUACAAUAUUUAUGUUGACAUAUUUUAUUAUAUGGUAAUUUCUUUUUGAAUGACAAAACUGUAACUUAUCUAGAGCUAAAUUGUUUUAAUUAUUUUUUAUCAAAUAACUAUAAUAUUUUAAUGUGUUAAUAAUAAAUGGAAAACGCCAAGGGACCUACAUCAACACACACAAAAUCUUCGGAGAACCAGAACGAUAACAAGGAAAACAAAUUGCAUUCAUUGAAAGAAGUUCCAAAAAGAGGGUUCAUCCAAAUUAAAGAAUCAUUUAGAACAUUGAAAAAUGUUAAUAGACAAYCAGUUAAAGUUAAAGCCGAUAAAGGUGGUGMUAUACGAUUUAUGGGUGAUGGAGUUAGUUUCAAAGCCAAACUUAUUGGUAUAUUGGAAGUCAGUGAGGCUCGAGGGGAUAGAAUGUGCCAAGAAGCGUUGUUUGACUUGAAGAUGGCGAUAAGGGCCGCUGGAGAGCACAAGCAGCGCAUUACCAUAAAUGUAGCAAUUGAUGGACUUAAAUUGAGGGAUGAAAAGACUGGGGAUUGUUUAUUUCACCAUCCUAUACAUAAGAUAUCAUUCAUAGCACAAGAUAUGGUAGACUCUAGAGCAUUUGGAUAUAUAUUUGGUUCCCCUGACACUGGCCAUAGAUUUUUUGGUAUAAAAACAGAUAAAGCUGCAAGCCAGGUUGUUAUUACUAUGAGAGAUCUUUUUCAAACAGUUUUUGAGUUAAAAAAACAAGAAAUAGAAAUGACUAGGCAGCAACAAAUUAUGAAAGGCAGUGGACUUUAUCUUGAAGCACUUGCUAGUACAGCAUCAAAAGUUGAUCACGCUAGUUGUAAUGAUGAUGGUUCUAAAAGAUUCAAUCGUGAUUUGUCAAGUAUAGACAAAUCUGAGUUUAAAAAUACAACUCCAAAUGCUAAUGACUUAUUGAACUUGGAACUUGAACUAAAUAAUUUACAACAAGGGUUGUCUCAAAUGGAAAGUAUUACCCCACCGUCAGCUGACCCUUUUGGAGAUUCCUUUAUUGUUACUCCGUCUACUACGUUAACAAAAUUACCACCACCGCCAAGUUCUGGAGAGCGAAGAUUGCGUAAUAGUUCAGCGAUUUCAAGUUCAGGACAACCUGAAAAACAUUGGUUUGACAAAGAAACUGAAAGUAUUUUCAAUAUGACAAAUCCUAGCGAAGUUCGUCAAUCUAUCCAAACAUCUGAAUUUAAGGUUAUUGAAUCAGCUAACCGCACGAGUCCAACAAUUAAGUGUGAUGCAUUUGAUGUUUUUACUGAACUAGAUCCUUUAGGGACUGGUCGUAGUAAACCUUAUGUAGACAAGAAAGACUUCUUUCAAGAGCUCAAAAAUCCUCCAAAGAAAAUAUUAAAUCAACUAGCUGCAUAUGAAAAUGAAAAAUUUUCAGAGCAACAACCUCAAAGUUUGCCUUCUAAAACUGUGAGUGAUUCAUUUUCUUCUGAUCUGUCUUUUAAAGAUACUAGUGGAGUUAUUGAAGAUCCUUUCAAAACUGAUAAUCUUGAAAAAUCUCAUUCAAAUUCUGUCGAAAUGGAGUUUGCUGAUUUUUCUUCUUUUGAAUCUCUGAAACCAGUCUCACCACAAUUGCAACACAAAUCUCCUUUAUUAAAAAGUGAUAGUUCAUCAUCACAAAAUUCUGUUCAAGGAUUAUUGAAGGUAUCUCUUCCGCCAGAAACACAAAAACCAUAUAAUAUAUCUACAUCACCUAAGUAUAACUUAAUGUCCAAAAAUAGAGCAAAAAUAAAAAUGAGAAAAUCUCCAAGUCCAGAUUAUUAUAGAAAUGACAACCCAACUUCACCUGAUGAUGAUUAUGCUAUUAUGAAAUUGAUGACAUUGCCACAACGGAUAGACAUUGCUCCUGAACCUCCACCAAGACCUUCAUCUUCAUUAGACCCUCCACCUUUGCCGCCUAAAAAACAGCAAAUACCUUCUAAAACUGUGAAACCAAUACGUACUCGCAAUAGUCAUUAUGACUAUAUAGAAAAUUAUGUUAGUUCCUACAAUUUACCAUCUACACAACUAGAAAAUGAAGCCCCACCAUUACCAUUACCAUCUAGAAAACCAAAAAGUGACAGUAAAAAAAAGAAAGAAGAAGUUGAUUCAGAAUAUUAUUUAGUACCUGUUUCAGUAAGAAAAACUAGUAAUGAAUCAAAAUCAAAUGUGUCUACUUCACUUGAUAUAACAUUAAGUCAAUUAACAAAAACAGGGUUUAGUGAUUUAGCAGAUACCUUGAGAAUAUCACCCACUUCUUUAUCCAAAAUGACUUUAAAAGAAUUGACUUUCCGUUUGUCCCAGUUAACUAUCAACAGUAGUGAAGAAACACAAAGUAUUCCUAAAAAGACUGAAGAAGAUAAGAAAGAACCGGAAAAAUCUUUGUAUGAUAAAUAUGCAGUAUUUAGAGAAUUAUUAAACGAAGAAAAAACUAGUGAGACUGUAGUUAAAGAAAAUGAUAAAUAUGCUGCACUCAGAGAUAUUCCAAUAAAAGCACCUGUGAACGAAGAAGAAUCAUUAGAAAACUUUCCAAUAGAAGAAAUUGUUGAAUCAAAUCAAAACACCAAUAUCUUAGAACAAAGUGAGGUUGAAUUAAAUAAUGACCAAGUAUUUGAAACUGAAGAGGAAAAAAAUAUUGAAGUUGUUGAAACUAAGAAAAAUGUAGAAGUUGAGGAAUAUGAUGAGGAUGAUGAUAUAAGAGUAGAUGACGAUGACGAAGAAGAAGAAGAUGAUGAAUACGAGGAAGAAAACUGUGCCAUUAAAAAAGAGAAUAUAAAAGAAGCAGUUGAAUGUGAAGUUUUAAAAAAAGAUGUUAGUACAUCAAUAAUAAAUCCUGAAGUGAUUGAAAAUAACACAUGUCAAAAACUGUUUGAUAAUGCUCAAUGUUGGGCGACUUUUGAUGUUGAACCAGAAGUAACCAAAAACCCAAAUUCUCCUUGGGCUGCAGAUGAUCGAGAACCACCAACCACUAAACCUAAAGUUAAUUUGAAAAAAGUACCUUCAAAUCGUAGUAAAUGUUCAUCAAGUUGGGAUGAUUGUGAAGAAUCUGAAGACAAUUGGGAUACUGCAAAAAGAAGUUUAGAAAGUUCAAUUGAAGACUUUCCUCGAACUGUUAAUGGUUGGAGUGAUGGAGAAUCUAUGUAUGAAGAUGAACCUUAUUAUGAGAGAAAGCCUAAUCGUAGGAGUAAUCGUAAAAUAUCACCUCGGCGUCGUGAACCAUCUCCAUGGGAUGAAGGUACCAGAUAUAAUGAUGAAUGGGAGUCACCAUAUAUGAUUCCACACUGGAGAGUUCCACACAAGGAUGAUGAACGGAGAAGGCCAUCAAAAGAUGAUAAAAGGCGUGUUUACGCUCGGCCCGAUAUUGAUAGAAGAGUUCAAAAAUUACCAUCUACGCCAAACUGGGAAGAUGAAAAAUAUCAAAGGUUGAUAUAUGAAAGGCGAAGAAGAUUUCUUGAAGAACAAUACAGUUGGGAUAGGUAUGGGCCUCCAAUUCCAAAAAGUUUCAAAAACUAUUCUAGGCCUCCUAUUGAUAAUAGCGAUGAUGAGGAUGUAAAAAUGCGUUAUAGAUUACCAAAAAAAAAUCGAUAUGUUUCUUCAACGACACCCAGAAAACCAAGGAGGUCAUACCACCGUCGAAGUGAUGGUAGUGAUGAAGACCACAACAUUCCACCUAGAAAGCCAUAUAGUCAAGAAGAAUUGGAUUUAAGUGAAUCUGAAUUAGAACAAAAUUGGUCCAGAAGAUCAAAAAAUAAAUGGUCUUUGAAACGUAAUCAGACAUCUCCUUUUGAUGAUAACUUUACACCUGAUAGCCCGGAUUCUUCUUUAUUUACCAAAACGAUGAGUACUUGUUCUGAUUUAGGAUAUCUUACUAAGCCAUCUCCGUCCACUAGUUCUAAAACAAAUAGAAAUAUAAGAAAACCUAAACGUUCAGAUAGUGGUCAUAGGUCUAUUGAUUCAAACCCCAAAACUGAAGGAACAAAGCGUUCUCCCUUUGAAGAUGAUUUUACUCCAGAUAAUGCUGCCAAAGGUAGUAUGUCAAGUGAAUUCAGUUUUAAAGAUGAUGAUGUUUUUGUGGCAAAAGAUAUAAAAAUCUCUCAAGAAGAAAUAUGCAAUUCACCUAAAGAGAUGAAAAAAUCCGAGUCCAUAAAUAUAUUUUCUAGAAACACAGACCCUUUUGAGGAUGAUGAUUUUUUUAAUCAAGAAGUGUGUAGCAAACCAAAUCUAGCAUCUCUGGAAGAGGCUAUUUCUGAUCAUGAAGGCGAUGAAUGGAAAAAACGACCCGAUCGAACAAAAAACGAAUGAGACUAUCAUCAUGUGGUCCGGCCUAAAAUAAAGGGGGCCACAAGUAAAUUCAGAAAAGUUUUCAAAAAAGUUAAUAAAUUUAUGAACAAAUUGUUUUAACUUUUUUUAACCCGAUACUGACCAACAAACUACUUUUUAUUUUAAUUAUUACCUACUGUAAUAGAAUUAAUUUACAUGUACUAUGUACGUAAACAAGUUUUAAGUUUUUACAUUUGAAUAGUUUUUUUUUUCUAUACACAUAGAACCAGUUUUAAUAGUUGCCAUCAGAAUAUUAUAUCUAUUUAUUCACAGAAACUGCUUUGUUUGUUUCACCGUCAUUGUUGGAAUUGUAAUCUCAAUAAGUUUUUAUACAGCAAUAAUUGUUUUCAGAUGUGUGUGCAAUACUAAUAUUACUAAUAAUAUUAACAACUAUUAUUUUUAUCAUAAUUAUUAUCGUACAUUAAUGGCAAUAUACUCUUGACAUAGAUUAAUAUUGUACAUACAUUUUGAUAGGUUUUUAAUUGUUCUUCUGUAUUAUUUAGUUUUUGAGUUAUCCUUUAAAUGUUUCUGUUGAAUUUUCUGUGUAUAAUUUUGUUAUAAGUAUCUUUGUUAUACGUUAAAAGUAUCUUUGUUAUACGUUAAAAGUUAAUUAAUAUUUCCUGUUAGCUAUUACCCUCCGUUCAUCGAAAAAAUUUUGUACUUAAUCUAUGUUCUUAGUAUGAUAAUAUGUAUCGAUGUUCCUUUAAAAUAGUAUUGUGUUUUGUGAAUUUUUUUAAUCGCCAUUUAUAAUUUUAGAAAAAUGUUCUCCAAGAUUGUUUUAAAAAAAUCUGUUAAACUAAUUGUGUAAAUGAAAAAUGUGAAUAAUAAUAUUAUACGUGGCUAAUGUUUAACCUACGCAGAUUAAUCCAACAAAUGCAUUGAUUAUUAUUGUAGUGCCAUAUAUAAUUUUUGAUAAUGACAGGAAAAUGAUUGAAUUUUUUUUUUCAUUUUAAAAUAAAUGGUUCUUGAAUUCUUUUAUGUAUUAUACUCCUCAAAUUAUUGAAAAUGUAUUGUACAACUAAUGUUAAAUUGGGAAUGCCAUAUGUUAUAUUAUGCUAUAUUUCAAAAUUUCAACUUUUCUAACAAUCUACUUAAUACAAAUGAUAUUUGUGUAAGAUUUACAUAGUUUUUUUUUUUAUUUAAUUGUUAAUCAGUUAUACAUUACCUAUUUAAUGUUUUAGUUUGUAAAAUUAGUUGAUUACAUCACAUUAUUAUGUUGAAAAAAUGUGUAUAAAUGUUUAGUUACAUUAUGUUUUUGUCCAAAAAUAAUUUUUUAUGUAAAAUUAUUGAUGUUCACUCGAAAAUAAAUGUUUAUAGGCAUAGGGUGUGCCAUUUUA